GCAAAUCAGCAUGGCUCACAACUACACAAGUCUGCAGCACGCUCAAACAGCAGUUCGGAUGGCAGGAUAUGAGAUCGCCCGCAACCGCAUGCCAGACUCAAUUGGGCCUUUGAUAUUUGUCAUCCACGGGGACGGGAAUGUGGCGCGAGGCGCCAAGGACAUCUUGAAUUGCAUGCCUGUACGAUACAUCCAAACCGACAAGUUACAGGAAACUGCGAUGAAUGGUGAUAAGAAUGUCAUAUACGCUUGUGUGGUCACCGUCGCGGAUUACAUGGAACACUUGGACUGUAAACCUUUUGUCUACUCUGAAUACCUGGAACAGCCUGAAAGAUACAGGUCAACAUUUAUUGACAAGAUUGCACCUUACAUGUCAGUACUCCUAAAUUGUACAUAUUGGGAUGAACGAGUCGAUCGAAUUUUAACGAGGGAGAACGUAAAAAGGUUGAAAACUGUUCGUCCUUCCGUAGAAGGAAGUCCGCUGGACGGAGCCUGCCCGACUUUACCCCACCGACUACUGGCAAUCUGUGACAUAUCUGCCGAUCUCAAUGGAUCAGUGGAAUUCACUGAUCGAUGUACCACCAUCGACGCGCCGUUCGUGCUGUACGAUCUGCAAACAGAAAACACAACGACCGGGUUUGUCGGGGACGGUGUUCUCAUGUGUUCCAUUGACAAUAUGCCCACGCAAUUGCCAGUUGAAGCGAGCGAACACUUUGGCAAUGUGCUGUUCCCCUAUUUAUCAGAAAUGAUUAAAUCAGAUGCCAGUAAGCCGUUCAACGAAUUCAUCGGGGGACCAGAGGUAAAAAAUGCAGUGAUUACUUCAAACGGCCAGCUAACUCCGAGAUACGCGUAUAUAGACAAGUUGCGGAUUACACGCAGAGCUACAAGCCACCACUCGUCCUCUGGAGAAGCUAGAAAAAACGUCCUCGUACUUGGUGCCGGUCAUGUGGUGCCACCAUUGCUGGAGUAUUUGAAUCGCGACAAACACACUUAUUUGACUGUUGUGUCCAAUUCGCAAGAGGAGUUAUCUACCAUCAGCUCUCAGUUCACAAAUCUGACAAUGCGAAAGUUGGAUGUGCUGAAGGAUAAAGAAAAACUGGGGAAGCUGAUGCGAGAACAUGACUUGGUCAUCAGCAUGGUGCCCUGGAAAUUUCAUCCGACGGUUGUAAAGGAGUGUAUUAAACAGAGACGGAAUCUACUCACUGCCAGUUACUGCACACCGGUGCUCAAAGAGUUGGAACACAGCAUCCAAGAAGCAGGGAUAACAGCAUUUAUGGAAAUAGGUUUGGAUCCUGGAAUCGAUCACCUGUUGACAAAGGAGUGUGUCGACGAUGUGAAACAGAAAGGUGGUCGAUUGCUCUCUUAUCGGUCAUACACAGGCGGAUUACCGGCGCCGGAGAAUUCAGACAAUCCAUUGCGUUACAAAUUCAGCUGGAGUCCAGAAGCUGCACUAUCAACCGUGCUGAACGGAGCGAAAUAUUUGGAAAACGGAAAGAUCAGAGAAAUUCCAGCCGAUGGUAGCUUGAUGAAGGCUGUUGCUCCAAUGUCCAUAUUCCCUGCACUCAACCUGGAAGGUUAUCCGAACAGGGACUCAAUACGUUACAUCGAUUUGUACGGACUUGAGGAUUGCGAGACCGUGAUCCGGGGAACUUUACGAUAUGGAGGAUAUGCAGAAGCCAUGACGUUUCUACUCAGUCUCGGCUUACUCAAUGCGGAUCCCCAAGUCGACUUGCAGCCCGGAUCGCCACGAUUGUCGUGGCGACAGCUGAUGUGUCGAAAGCUAUCACUGAAUGAACAACUUCGUGGGGAACAACUCAAGUAUGCUGUGAUGCAGAAGGUCAGUGGAGAUCACAAGAAAUUUGAAUGCUUGAAUGAUCUUGGAUUGCUAUCUGAAGAUGCGGUAGCACAAGCGAUAACUCCGCUGGCGAGCAUUUCAUUGAAACUUUCCAAAUUUCUGGAAUACGGACAAAAUGAACGCGAUCUGAUCGUGAUGGCACACGAGAUGAUCAUCGACUGGCCCAAGCGCAGGCAACGUGAACAGCGGAAAGUGAAUCUGGUCGUAUAUGGAAACCCCGGUCAGGGCAAAGCUGGUCUUGCCAUGUCCCGUACAGUGGGUCUACCCGCAGCUAUCGCGGCCAAGAUGAUUCUUGAAGGAAAAGUGACUGACAAGGGCAUAGUACUGCCCCUCAAGCCGCAGAUAUACAAACCAAUUCUUCAGGAACUCAAUGCGGAAGGAAUUCAGGCGCAAGAAACAUCAUGCUUCACUGACGCAUAG